ACUUCUAACAAAAAAAAAGAAAAAAAAGGUACUCUCAGUUUCCUUUGAUUUCCGAUCUUUAUCUUCUUCACACCCAAAGCCAAAAACCUCACCAAUCUUAACAUCUACUAUCAAAACAAACAAUUCAACCUGAAAUUCUCUGCGUCUUUGAAUGCAUCUUGCGUUUUCAGUUUAUAUGAAGAUGGAAUCAACUGGUGAAAGAGAAAAUGAGAGUACAACACUGAUACCUGGAAAGUGAUGAUGAUGAUGAUGAUGGUGAUAGAAUGGGGACUGAGGGAUUUGUGGAAGCGAUUGGGGUGUUGGGUAUUGGUAUUUGUGUUUGGAUUGGCGGCUCCGGUGGUUGGAUAACAGAGAGCAGAAACAAUGGCUGUGGGGCAUUCAGGUUCAGGUGGGAACUUGGCAGACUCUUACAAGGGAAUGUCGGCGGAUAACAUUAAGGGAUUGGUAUUGGCAUUGUCUUCCAGCUUCUUCAUUGGCGCCAGCUUUACUGUCAAGAAAAAGGGCCUGAAGAAGGUAGUGGGUGUUAUUCUUACCUCUUUGAGCCACUUUGGUGGAUGGGCAUGAUCACUAGUGAGUUUUCUUUUUCUGAGAUUCUUUAUGCAGGCAAUGAUAUACUCAUUUUCUUGGAGUGUUACAAAGGAACCCCUCCAAUGUCCUCUCUUUUUUAGCGCCAACUGCAUUCCUUCUCCAUCAACACCUUGGAUUGAACCUUUUCCUUUCUGCAACAAUAAAUUCUAGUGUCAUGACUUGCUUAUCUGAGAAAUUUUUCUUUGCUUGAGAAAUAUACUCACCUCUCUUGA